UAGCCAUGUCUCAACCCAGAAACCCCACCGAAGUGGUCGCCAAAGCCCGUGAGUGCUUCAAAAAAGGCCUCACCAAAAGCUUGAAGCAACGCAGAACCAACCUGAAGAACUACCUCAACUUCAUCAACGAGAACCAGGAAGCUAUCAUCCAGACGAACUACGACGAUCUUCGCCAACACCGAGAGGAGGUUCGCUUGCAGAUCGGCCUUGUCGUAGCCCACGUCGAGGUUACCCUUGACAAUUUGACGAAAUGGGUCAAGCCGGAGAGCAAACCCAAAAGAUGGGUAGAUGCUUUGGAUGGGUUGUACGUGUACAAGGACCCGUUGGGCGUGGUGCUCGUUGUGGGUACGUGGAAUGUGACCCUCCUAACCCUAGCACCAGUAGUAGGAGCGAUAGCCGGUGGCAACUGCGUCGUGAUCAAACCCUCACACAACUCACCCAGUUUUGGUCAACUACUAGAGACCGUUUUGCCGAGGUACUUGGACCCGGAUUGUUUCCCAGUGUUUGUAGCCGACAUCGACGCAACCACUAAACUCCUGCAGGAACGGUUCGACUAUUUGUAUUACACAGGCGCGACCACCGUGGGCCGACUUAUCCACCAGGCAGCUAACAAACACCUAACACCCGUGACGUUGCAACUGGGGGGCAAAAACCCAGUUUAUAUCGACGAGAGUGCCGAUCUUUUCUUAACCUCCCGUCGACUCAUGUGGGGGAAAACCUGGAACUCCGGCCAAAUCUGUCUUUCUCCGGACUACGUCCUCUGCACUAAAUCCACCCAAGACAAACUAAUCAAAUACUGCAAGGUCGCUUUAGACCACUUCCACAAUCAAGACCCCCACUGUUGUCCCAUCGUCAACGACUUCCACUUCAAGAGGCUCCAAAACCUCCUCUCAGGUCUAGAGAUAGCAAUCGGAGGUCGCGUCGACCCCCUAGACAACCACAUCGAGCCCACUAUAGCUACCAACGUCUCUCCUGAGCACCCGAUCAUGAAAGAAGAGGUCUUCGGGCCAAUUUUGCCCAUCGUACCCAUCGACGGGUACAAAGAAGCAGUCGAUUUCGUCAACAAGAGGGAGAAACCCCUGGCCUUGUACAUUUACACCAUGAAGAAGUCCAUCGGGGACUACUUUCUGGAAAAUACGUCCAGUGGGAGCGUGGUCGUCAAUGAUAAUUUGACGCAGCUGAUUACUGAGAGUUUGCCCUUCGGAGGGGUGGGCUAUAUUGGGAUGGGUCGUUACAAGGGUAAGGAUGGGUUUGAUACCUUCGUCCACAAGAAGGCGGUCUUGGUGAAGACCACGUGUCCAAUUGUGGAGAAGUUGCACGAGUUGAGGUACAGGCCCUUCGUGCCCUAUAAGUUGGGUGUUGUCGAGUUUUUCUACAAAUAUAGGAAGGGAAUCUCGUGGGGUUGGUUGGUAUAUGUGGGGAUUUUCCUACUGGGGUGCGCGGUGGGGUUGCUGUUGUUUUAUUUUGCCCAUGGAAUAUGGGAGGAAUUGCCACCCAAGUACCUAAAUACAUAGAUAAAGGGCGAGUUGUCUCCCAUAACGCGCAAGUGUUGUCAUAAGUACUAAAGUACUAAUUUUUUGUGAUGGAAAAGAGGAG